AUGUUGAAAUUCAAGGGCCAGAAUCCUCUGACUUAUGCCCACCAGCAAUCCCGCUCGACGCCCCGGCGGGCCUGUCCGCUUCCUGCCACGGCGCUGCUGCUCCUCGCCUACUUCGUCUACCUGCUGCUGGGCAGCCUCGCCUUCUGGGCGCUCGAAUCGCCCGUGGAGCAAGACUCGGCCAACCGGCUGCUGCAGGAGAAGUGGGACCUGCUGGAGAACUACACGUGCCUCGAGCGGGAGGCCCUCGAGCGGCUCUUUGGCCGUGUGCUGAAAGGCAUCAUCCAGGCCUACAAGAGUGGACUAUACGUUAAAGGAAAUACAACUCUUGGCAGAUGGGACUUUGUUGGCUCUUUCUUCUUCUCUGUUUCUGCAGUAACAACAAUUGGCUAUGGCAACUUGAGUCCCACCACAGAAGUUGCACAAAUCCUCUGCAUCUUUUUUGCCCUUUUUGGGAUCCCCUUAAAUGUCAUCCUCCUGAACAGAAUAGGACAGCUGAUGCUGUCUGGUGUUCAACAAUGUGCCUUCCACCUGAGUGAGAAGUUCCACUGGAAGAGAGGUGCAAAUGUCUUGACACGGACCUGUGCUCUUGUUGCUGGCCUCUUACUGUUUCUUUUGCUACCUCCUCUGCUGUUCACUGCCAUAGAAGGCUGGACCUAUGAAGAAGGAUUCUACUAUUCCUUCAUUACUCUUAGCACAAUAGGCUUUGGAGAUUAUGUAAUUGGCAUGAAUCCUGAACGCAAUUACCCAGCCUGGUACAAGAAUGUGGUGUCUCUCUGGAUUCUCUUUGGGAUGGCCUGGCUAGCCCUGAUCAUCAACCUUUGUAUCAGCUUGCUGGAGAACUCCAGUAGCCUCUGCCAGAGUUGCAAAAGGAAUCACAGAGAGGUGGAAGAGGACUUAAUAAAUGGCAACCAAGAUGGCAGUUUGGGUCCUGAAGAUGUACAGGAAAAGAGCAUGAAAGACACUAAGCUGGGAGGGCUAGCUUGAGCUGCAUAGAGACUUUGUUCCCAUUGAAGUGCUUUCAUUUUUGCAGGAAGGAAACAUCUGAUCAGAGAAUCCACCACUGGAGUGCCAUGUUGUGACACUAACAGAAGUGUCACCAUCUGGAAGCAAACGUCACUUAAAACACAAGCCCCUGUGAAAACUGAGAAGUUUGCUCCUUGACCUAGCUGAAGACUGCUUUGUACAUUUUGCCUUCCUGCACAAUAUCGUUGCUCCUUAAGAGGAAUAAAGGAACAUGUGCCAUAUGCUGCAUACUCACCAGCACGGUUGAUCUCACAAACAUAAGAGCCAAAAAAAAUAUACAGCAAUGCGAUACAGCCAUGCAAAGAAUAUGUGUCUGGCAAUGCUGCUCAAGAGUAUGGGAUACCUUCGUUUGACUGAGAAUACCUCCUAAUCAGUGAGACACAAGGAUUAAAACCAUUAUGCAUCAAGGCAUAAUGCAGCUCAUACAGGGUGUUUACUUGAUAAUCUGAGACUCUAACUGUUUCUAGGAUUGUUAUAUUACUGAGUACUAGAGGUUCAAGUGUCCAGCGAGUACAAUACCUGGAAUGGAUUUCUAGAAAAUAUUUUGCUCGUUCUGCAUAUUCAAAAGGAAGUUAGCUAUUUGAGAGGUGAAAGUGGAGAGGACCUAGACAAAAUUUCUCUUUUGAAUUAAAACUCCCAGAACCUUUUAGCCAGUGUGUCCAGAAUAGAAUUUUUCCAAGAUGAGGCUGGGAUUUUCUUUGGUUAGGAACUUAUUGGCUGUUAUUCUUAGCAGCAACUAAUAGCAGUUGGUGAAAUAACAGUAGGGAGCUUGAACAAAUUGCAUUUUCAAGUUGUUUAUAGGAUAUUAGAAUA